AUGGAGCUGGCGUUAAGAGCUAGUUGCUUCUCGACCGUCCUGCGCCAGACCAAGCGCAUCCGCUCGCUCAACAUCCAGGUUUUCUGGCUGAAGAAGCGCACCAAGGCGCUGAAGACGGCGAUGCUUCAGAUGAAGAGGGCCGCCGAGAGCGUCACCACCGCAGACGACCAGCGCUGCGCCCAGAUGCAUAUUGAGAUCAACAGGGCUGAGGACCGCCACCCGCCUCAGGUGCAGACGGAGGCGCUCGCGACGCACGAGGCGGACGGCAGCGGGCAGCAGCAGCGGGAGCGGCGCUCGGGGAGUUGCUACUUGGACAAGGUUUGCAAGAAGUCGCACACCUGCCCGUCCUGCACGAAGAUGGUCCGCGUCGGGGAUCUGCAGUACAGGGAGACGUUGAAGCACAAGGAGUGCGGCAAGAGGGACAAGGCGUUCGCGUGGAACAUGGCGCAGAAGAGCGAGGUGAACGGCCUGUGGGACAACCUCAUGCACGAGGAUCCAGAGAAGGCCCAGAAGCUCAAGAUGGAGUACACCAUGACAGGCAACUUCCGUGAGUUCGAGUCGUGCGUCCGCACGCUCGUCAGGGAGAUCGAGUACAGCGCGGAGGGCAAGGACCUCGAGCUGAACCACGACUGGUUCAUCAGGACCCUCUGCAGCGCUGGUGUGAGCCGCGACGAUGCCGAGGACUGCUGGGAGCACAAGGUUGAUGAGUUCGGCAACAGGCUGAAGGAGGUCGUCUGCCAGGGCGAGAGUUGCCUCGUCCUCAGCGGCAUGCGCAGCAAGAAGCACAAGGAGGCGCUGAAGCUGUCCGUGACAGGCUCGGGAAGGGCUCGGCCCGUCGACGCCGCCGAGGCCCAGGCGGUCUUCGCACAGCCGCUCCAGCGCUGCUCGAGGUUCGAGCGGGCUGGCUUGGAGCUGGGCUCGGCCGAGGAGCGCCGCGGCAGGUCGCGCUCGAGGCGCCGCCGUGGCGGCGGGUCGCAUCGGCGUCGCAGCAGCGGCCGCGAGCGCGCCUCGCCGCCGCCGCCGUCUCGCGCGGCGUCUCGCCGCUCGGGCCUGGGCCCGUCGGCCCCGCGGCUCGAGGCCCCGACUCCUCCGCGCGCUGGCUGCUCGCAGAACGUGAGCUCGCAGCAGUCGGAGGAGGAGGAGGAGGAGGAGCAGGAGGGGGACGCGGCUGCUGCGAGCCUCUCGGAGGACGACCGCGUGGCCGACGCCGUCUCGGCCUUCAGCGGCCGCCGCUCGGCUCGCGGCAGCCGCGCGCGGUCGACCCAGUCGCCUGCCCACGCCAUGGAGGUCGCCCACGCGGCGAAGAUCGAGAUCUGGGAGGCGAGGUUCGCCGAGCUGCCGAGCCACUUCGAGGAGACCGUGGACAUGUGGAACGCCCAGGACUGGAUCGCGGAGUACUUGGAGGAGGUCGUGCUGUCGGAGCAGGCGGACGGGGUGUGCAUCAUCGAGUGGCUGGAGACCCAGAUCGCGGAGAUUGGCAAGGAGGAGCGCGUCGCUCGUCUGAACUUGCCCGACUGCUUGUCCAGGCUCAAGAAGGCCAAGGAGAAUCUGGACAAGCUGCGUGAGCACACGCAGAAGUGGGACGAGGGCCUCGACUUCGGCCAGGAGAGGAGUGCGAUCAGUCGGCGCGUGCAGGAGUGGAGGGAGGAGGUGAGGCGCUUCCGCCGCCGCGAGACUGGCUUGCAGGCUAUCGUGGCCAAGAAGCGCCUGGAGAAGAGCGGGCUCUCGCGCGAGUGGAGGUUCGUGAGGGACAAGAUCAGGUCGUACCUGAUCGGCAAGAGGCUGCCAGACGCCGUGGCGAUGAUAUCGGCGAACACCUUGAACGACUUGGGCAUGCCAUCGAACGAGUACGGAUUGAAGAUUGAGUACAAUGUGGUUGCAGACCACCCUGCGGACAACAUCAGCGUGAACACAUUCCUGGAGCCGUUCAUCAUCAGGAAGCCGCAGGACGUGGAUAAGGCCUCCAGGGACAUCUUCCAGCAGACGUUCGCGAACAUGUACGAGGAGCAGGACAAGCCCAUGGCGGCCAAAAUGACAGAGGUGAGAGACUACAUGCGGAAGAAUGACUUGGGAUCGGCUUGGGGGACCCUGGACUACACGCCGAGUUUCUGCUUCAAGCUCGACGGCGAAGAUGGCGAUGUUUCGACUGAACCACUGGGCGGGCUCCGCAUGGCCGUAUAUGGGCGCAGCACUGGGGAGUGGAAGACUGAAAAGACCACGCUGCCAUGGUCUCAGUGCCCGAUCUUCGUCCAGCAGUUCAGUGGUCUCUCGAUGGUGGUGGUCGUAGAUCCUGAGUGGGUCUCAAAAAAUCUUGAUUUCAACGGGCUGCUGGAGAACGCCGAGUCUGGGGCGCUCUACAAGCAUCGGUCGUGCUUGCUCGAGGCGGGCAGCGCUGUGUACGUGCCGAUGGGUUACGUGCCGUUCUUGAUUCCCAUCGCGGCCAGCAUCGACUGGAAGAGCAAGAAGCCCAACCUCAAGGAGUCCAAGCGCGGCGCCGAGGUGAAGCACCUGGCCAGCUACGGCAUCAGCUACUUCUUGGAGGACCGCGUCCGCGAGAAGUCGCCUGCGGGCGCUCUCGCAGCCGCGGCCGCCGCGUGGGUCGCGGCCAAGACGACGCAGCUCCCGAAGUCGUUCAAGGCCAACUCCGACAUGGACGCCUGGUUCGACGCCUGCGGCCAGGGUGCAGCUCGCGGCCGCGUUGGCUCAAGGCUGCAGCUGCGCCCAGUUAUGCGGGCGCGCGCCGAGAUGGAGCUGGCGCCGUUCUGCCUCCAGCGCUCCCUUUGUCCGAUGUCGCUGCGGAGUCAGGCGCAGGCGGCUCUCCCCGAGCAGGCGGCCCCCGCGAUGUGGUGCGGCCCGCUCGGGCCGCGCCCGAAAGAGGCCGAGAUCCCGUGGCCCGCGCGCCUUGCGCAGAUGGCAGGCUCCGAGGCGGGCGCCGGCUCGCAUCCUCCAGCCAACCUGCCGAUCUCGCGCGCGCAGCGACGCCACCUGCAGCGCAAGAUGUGCGCCCAGCGGCGCGCGCUGGGCCUCCAGGUCGGGGCGGCGGGGCCGACGCAGGCGCAGCCCUCGCGGGGGGCGGGCCCGGAGCCUGGAGGUCUCGCAGAGCCGGGAGUCCCGGCCGAGCUGUGCGCUCGGGGUGCGGCCCACGCCCGGCUGCGCGCCUCGGUCGGGGCCGCGAGGGGCCUGCUGGAGGAGAGGCGGAGCGCGCUGGAGACCGAGAUCUGGAAUGUCAGCCAGUCUCAGGCCGAGCUGGUCUACGAGCUGCGCGCCUCCACGAGCCGGCAGGCCUGCUUGUACGAGGAGCUCCAGAGCGAGCGCGGCUGCGCCGUGUCCCAGUCCAGCGUCAUCUUCCGCGGCCUCGCUCGCACGGUGGAGGGGUCGCCGCCCGCGUCGCCGCCGGGGUCCGCGUGCACGCCCUCGACCGCGUCGUCCCAGCUAGGGCGCCUGCAGGAAUUUGUGCGCAGCCAGGCCGACGAUCUCGAGGAGCUGGCGCCUCGGUCUCUGGUCGUGGUCUACGGUCGCGGCCCGUGGUCUCUGUUCGUGGCCCGUGGACAGCCCGUUCCUUUCCCUUUCAGUCACGACGCGAACCUGCCGGCCUGGGGGACGGCUCCGCUCCCCGUGCUCCCGCCCCGUGUUAAGGGACUGGCGCGGCUGUGGCUGCGGCUCCGCUGCCCUCCUGCGAGCGGGUGGGAAGAAGCAGGGGGAGAGUCGACCAUCGUCGUCGAUCUGUACCGGCUGUCCAUGUGCGGCCUGGGGACGGCGACCCCCGCCCCCUCGGAGGCCGAGGCCGCGGGCUUCUCAGGCGCCGCGCUGGGCGGCGCGCUGCUCCUCGGCGUGCUGGGCGGCUGGUCGCUCGCUGGCUGGGCCUCGCGCUGCGCGGCGCUCUCAGCUCGGGGUAAGCCGUUCGCGCUGGAGGCGGACGUGCGCACGUACAACGUGGGCGGGCCUGCCAUGUACCACGAGCGAUUGACGCUGCUGCCUGGGUACGUUUUCACGCCCGACGGUGAUGACUAUGCCGAGGUGUGGGCGGCGCUUCACCGCGCGACGGCCCAGGGGUUCGGAGCUACGCCUGCGUCGCCUUUCUGCAUCGACCUGAGUGCCACCAACGUGCUGGGGCUGGCUGCGGGGGCGCUGGCGCUCCCCGACCCUGCAGCCGCCGCGCCUGGCGCGGGCGCUGGGGCCCUCGCGCCUGCGGGCGACCCAGGGUUGCCUGGCGGCGCCGCCCCCGCGGCGGGCGCCCCGCUGGCUGCUGGUGCCGCCGCGGCGCUGCCCGCCAUCGGCGGCCCCGCAGCUGCUGGACACCCCGCUGGAGCUGGAGGUGUCGGCGCCCUGGUGGCCGCCCUUGGUGGCGUAGGGGCUGGAGCCCCAGCCGCCGCGGCUCCAGUCCCUGGCGCCGCGCCCGCCGCCGCUGCGCCGCCCCUCGGCACAGACCCGCGGGUGAUGGCGCUGGUGCUCGACGGGCGCGGCUUUCGGGGCAUCACCUUCAGCGACGCGGUGAAACUGCAGACGGAGACGGUGAGGGCCGACUGGCCAGUCAAGGGCCUUCGGACACUGCCCUGGGUCCUCGGGUUCAUGCUACGUGUGGCUGGAGGCGCUAUGGCUUGGCACAACAGGUGGAUUGCGAUGGCGCAGCUCGGGGAGCCCGACGAGUACGUGAAGCUCCACGAGACCUUGCGCCGCGUGAUAGAGACCGCCCUCUGCCGCGACCAGCGGGUGAUAUGCGAGCUGGCCUCUUAUGAGCACCUCGCCCGUCAGCUUCAGUUGAUAGAGGAGCGCGUGUUCGAGGAGCGCGUGCGCAGGAGCCAGCCCGCGCCGAUGGCCACGGCCCAGGCCAAGGAGCUCGCGGCAGCGGGCUACGGUUCAGAGGUCGGCCACUUCCUCGGCACGGGCGAGACGAAAGGGAACUUGUGCAUCUGUCUUGCGUUGAUGGAUUGGAUCGCCGAUCAGAUGAAGAUGGAGGCAGCUGUCGCGAAAGAACGCCGCAAGGCUCGUGAGGAGCGAGCCUUGCGGGCGCCAUGGCGCCCCCUCAGGACCCUGGCCAGGAUGGGCCUCACGAGCCUGUUCCCGCCGCUCGUGAGCCUGGCCAGCAUUGCCCAGAGGCCCUCGAGCCUCCGCCUGGUCUGGACGCGCCCACCCGUGGUGCCGAUCGCCAGCGCGAUGUUUUCCCGCUGCCUCAUCUUCCUGUGGAUGGGCGCCGCCGUCUUCCGCUGGGUCGCGCUGCUCGUCUGCGCGCUGCCAAAGGUUGGUGGCGACCCGCCCGCCGUGCAGGCUGCCUCGGUGGACUACCUCUCGAGUCUGCAUCGGGAGUUCGAGCUGCCUGCCGCCUACUCGGAGAGGAGCAGCGCCUGCGAAGCAUCCCUGGUAGAGAUGCUCGCUCAGGCUCCUGGCUACGCUGGUGACAGCGGUCGGGUCCGCCCCUACAGCCAGCCCCUCGCGGCCUGGCCCAAGUCGACGAAGGCUGUGUCCACCCCCGACGUCGUCUUGGAUGCCGACUCCAUCGUGCUGCAGGGUUGGAGGCAGACUAUGCUGAAUCCAGAGUCGGUUGCUGCGGAGCUCCGCGACGAGCUGGGCGCUCAGCGCCCGUGCGCCGAUCCCGAGCUUCGCUAUCAGCCCAAGUCUUACGCCCAGUUUUGGAAGCAGCUGGAGGCUCACGACAUGACAUCAUGGAGGGCCGCCAUUCCUUAG